AUGUAUCAUCCCGAACCCAGUGUCCCUAAUGGGUCUGUUGUUACCAUUAAGAAUGAAGCAGGUAAUGAGAUAACAGUAUAUGAAGCGCAGCUGGUAGCCAAUUCCGACUACUUCAAGUGGCAAUUUGGGCUUAUUAGACCCAAUUCUAAGGAGAUUUUAUUGGAAGUGGAAUCGGAAUUCGCAACAAAGGCUUCCCUCGCCACCUUCAAAUACUGGCUCGACCACGGCUUUGCCGGUCCCUCUCUUGACGAUCAUGGGGACCGAGGGGAGGAACGACUACUCAACAGGCUAUUGAAUUUAGUAGAUUGCUUUUUACUCGGUCAAGCGAUCCUAGCGAGUAACUUUCAAAAAUUUGUUCUUUAUACAAUACGAGAUACCUGCGCCAUUAAAAAUGACGAUGGUUGUCUCUGCGAUGUAAUUCCCAAAGUAUGGGAACACAUUCCAACGGACAGCGGAAGUGUUCUUCGCGAACUUCUGUACGAGAAAUCCUACGAGAUCUUGGGAGAACUUGACCCUACGGACAUGGCCGAGGCUCUAAAAGCAUACGAAGAGCCUUUCCGAAGUGAAGUCACCCAGUUCAUCCUCGACAAGAUGAAUGGAAAGUAG